GCAGUGUAUCAAAUACUUGUUCUCCCCACUGUACAUUCAACAUACGAAACCGUGAUGGACACUCGAGUGGCCACUGCUGAACUGGGCUGGACAGCGUAUCCUAACUCUGGGUGGGAGGAAGUAAGUGGCUACGAUGAGAACCUGAAUACCAUCAGGACGUACCAGGUGUGUAAUGUUUUUGAGUCGAGCCAAAACAACUGGCUUCUCACCACCUUCAUCAACCGGAGAGGAGCACAGCGCAUCUAUGUGGAGAUCCGCUUCACAGUUCGCGACUGCAGCUCGAUCCCCAACGUACCCGGCUCCUGCAAGGAGACGUUCAACCUUUACUACUAUGAGUCCGAUGCUGUCAUUGCCACCAAAGGAACUGCUUUCUGGAUGGAGGCGCCCUACCUCAAGGUGGACACUAUAGCUGCAGAUGAAAGCUUCUCACAAGUAGACUUUGGAGGACGUCUCAUGAAGGUCAACACUGAAGUCCGCAGCUUUGGGCCGCUUUCGAAAAACGGCUUCUAUUUGGCCUUCCAGGAUUACGGAGCUUGCAUGUCUUUGCUGUCUGUCAGGGUGUUUUAUAAGAAGUGCCCAAGCGUGGUCCAAAACUUUGCAGUCUUUCCAGAGACGAUGACUGGCGCUGAAAGCACCUCCUUGGUUAUUGCCAGGGGGGUUUGCAUUUCAAACUCGGAGGAAGUGGAUGUUCCAAUAAAGCUUUACUGUAAUGGAGACGGGGAGUGGAUGGUUCCAAUUGGCAGCUGUACUUGCAAGUCGGGCUUUGAACCAGACAACGGCAAUGUUUGUCGAGCGUGCCCACCAGGUACCUUCAAGUCGACGCAGGGUCCCGGUCUGUGCCUUCAGUGCCCUCCAAACAGCCGCUCCACUGCCGAGGCCGCCACCAUCUGUGUCUGUCGUAAUGGUUACUACCGGGGUGACGCUGAUCAGCCAGACGAACCCUGCACCAGUGUCCCAUCCAGCCCAAGGAAUGUCAUUUCCAUAGUGAACGAGACCUCUGUGAUCCUGGAGUGGCAUUCUCCAAGGGAGACUGGCGGCCGGGGCGAUGUGGUUUACAACAUCUUGUGCAAAAAGUGCCAGGCUGACCGGCGUACCUGCUCGCACUGUGAUGACAAUGUGGAAUUUGUCCCUCGUCAGCUGGGUCUGACUGAAACCAGGGUGUUUAUCAGCAACCUGCUAGCGCAUACUUUAUACAGCUUCGAGAUACAAGCUGUCAAUGGUGUCAGCAAUAAGAGUCCAUAUCCUUCGCAGCAUGUGUCUAUAGACAUCACCACCAACCAGGCUGCUCCCUCCAUUGUUCCCAUCAUGCAUCAGAUCAGCUCCACCAUGAAUAGCUUCACAUUGUCAUGGCCUCAACCAGAACAGCCUAAUGGUAUCAUUCUGGACUAUGAGCUACGUUACCACGAGAAGGACCAUGCAGAGAUUAACUCCACCAUCCUGCGGAGCCAAGCAAACACGGCACGUGUGGAGAGCCUGCGUUCAGGCACCGUAUACGUGGUGCAGGUGCGGGCACGGACCGUUGCUGGUUUUGGCAAAUACAGCAGCAAGAUGUGCUUCCAAACCCUCACAGAUGAUGACUUCAAAUCGGAGCUGAGAGAGCAACUUCCUCUAAUUGCAGGGUCAGCGGCUGCAGGAGUGGUCUUUAUUGUUUCACUUGUCGCCAUAUCUAUCGUGUGCAGCAGGAAAAGGGCCUACAGCAAGGAAGCAGUCUACAGUGACAAACUACAACAUUACAGCACAGGACGAGAACUCUCUUUGCGAGCCGACAUGUCUAACUGCCCCUCACCACUGGGCUGCCCGACCCACUUCUCAGGCUCCCCAGGGAUGAAGAUCUACAUCGACCCCUUCACGUACGAAGACCCCAACGAAGCCGUCCACGAGUUUGCCAAGGAGAUUGACGUCUCAACUGUUAAAAUCGAGGAGGUCAUUGGAGCAGGUGAAUUUGGAGAGGUAUACAAAGGACGUCUAAAGCUGCCCAGCAAGAGGGAAAUAUUUGUUGCCAUCAAGACUUUGAAGGCCGGCUACGUCGAGAAGCAGAGGCGCGACUUCCUGUCUGAAGCGUCGAUCAUGGGACAGUUUGACCACCCCAACAUCAUCCGUCUGGAAGGCGUCGUCACCAAGAGCCGACCUGUCAUGAUUGUCACUGAGUUUAUGGAGAACGGAGCCCUCGACUCAUUCCUUCGGCAAAACGAUGGACAGUUUACAGUGAUCCAAUUAGUGGGAAUGAUGCGCGGAAUCUCAGCCGGCAUGAAAUACCUCUCCGAGAUGAACUACGUGCACAGAGACCUGGCCGCUCGUAACAUUCUGGUCAACAGCAACCUGGUGUGUAAAGUGUCGGACUUCGGCCUAUCGCGGUACCUGCAGGAAGACACCUCUGAUCCCAGCUACACCAGCUCAUUGGGUGGAAAGAUCCCUGUGAGGUGGACCGCACCAGAAGCCAUUGCUUACAGGAAGUUCACAUCCGCAAGCGACGUUUGGAGCUACGGCAUCGUCAUGUGGGAAGUGAUGUCAUUUGGAGAGAGGCCCUACUGGGACAUGUCCAAUCAGGAUGUGAUUAAUGCCAUCGAGCAGGACUACCGUCUGCCGCCGCCUAUGGACUGCCCCAGUGCGCUGCACCAGCUCAUGCUAGACUGUUGGCAGAAGGACCGCAACGUCCGGCCCCGCUUCACAGACAUCGUCGGCACCCUGGACAAGAUGAUCCGUAACCCUACCAGCCUCAAAGCUGUCGCCAAUAUCCCUGCAGUGCCUUCUCAGCCACUGUUGGACAGAUCCACCCCAGACUUCAACACCUUCAGCUCCGUAGAAGACUGGCUCAGUGCCAUCAAGAUGAGCCAAUACAGAGACAACUUCCUAAACUCAGGCUUCACGUCCUUGCAGCUGGUGGCUCAAAUGACCUCAGAGGACCUGCUGCGAAUAGGCGUGACAUUAGCCGGCCACCAAAAGAAGAUCCUCACUAACAUCCAGUCCAUGAGGGUACAGAUGAGCCAGUCCCCCACCGCUAUAGCAUGA